AAAACGAGUUACUUCCGCAUUCACGGCGUUGUUGCUAUGGACACCUCAGUGUUGCCCACCGGAGUUGUACCUGCUGUCGUUUAUCUUACAAACAUAAUACAGAAAUCGCCUUUCCGCCAUCGUUAUCGCCUCUAAACGAAUUAUGCCGCCCAAAAAGGAUGCCAAGAAGAAAAAGGCGGAAGCGAAGCCGCCGACGCUAAUAAAUGGCCUCACCAAGGAGGAGAUAUCGAGGGAACAGAUAGAAGAGCAUGUUCUGGGACUUCGUGAGGUGCUGGACAGGGAGAGGGUGGAGAGGAAUUACUUCCAGCUGGAGAGAGACAAGAUUCAGUCCUUUCGGGAAGUCACUGACAGAAAACUGGCGGAGGUUAAGGCUGAACUUAAAAACCUGGAGAAGGCCAUGGAAGAUGAUGAGGCUCAUCACAUAGUGGGGAUUAAGGUCUUCAGACAGAAGAUGAAGCACCUCCUGUGUGAACACCAUAACACAGUCACUGAGCUGGAAGCAGAUAUUGUCACCACAACCGAUGUGCUGGAGGAUGAGCAGAGUCAACUGGAGGCAGAUCUGUAUAGGGAAAUGAUGGGCAUCCUGGUUGAGAUGCAGGAGUCCAGCUGUGAAGACGUUUUCAAAGAGCUUCUGCUGAAACAUGAAGAAGAAAUGACUGCAGCUAAGGAGAAGUGGGAGAGACUUCUGAGAGAAACUUCAAUCAGAAAUAAGACAGAAUUACAAGAGCUGGAAAAGGAACACGACUACAUAAUGAAAAGUGUGACAUGUGAGCGAGAGCUGCUCUGGAAGAGCCACUUUGGCAAUCUUAAUGAAGACAUUGACAGAUGCAUAAGUGACGCAAAAGAUCUUAUUAGUAUGUUGAGCAAAGAUACAGGAAAAGAGAUCACAGCUCUUAAGGAAUGCAGAGAUAAAAAGGUCUUGGAGCUGAAGAGCAUGAAAGAGGAAUUUCAUGCUCUUUUGAAAGAAAAUAAAGAAUUUGCCAAGCGUGUUGCAAAAACCGAGAAUGAAUUUAGCCGUCUUGAAAGGAGGUCAAAAUCCUUCUCACAGUCAGAGAGUAAUUUAACAAUUCCUCAAAAAAAGAUUCUGAAAGAGAAGAAGACAGAGUUUCAAAUCUUGGAAGAGCAAUUCAAGAAGCUUCAGAUUGAGGUGGAGGAACUACAAUCGUCUGUUCCAAAGACAGUUGAUAUGGCGGAGAACCAAGCAGAUCUGUCUCUCAGGCCUCUGGAGGAUGAGCUGAUGGCUCUGAAUGACAGUGUGGAGAAGGUCCAGGCUCAGCUGCAAGCCGUGAUCUCAGCCCCUAACGUGGACCAAACCGCCGUCACUGAAAUCACCCACAAAGUCGAGAAAGAACUGGACAUCAGAAAUUCUGCUAUCAAGAACCUAAAGCAUAAAAGAUAUCUGAUAUCAACGGCUCACACUGCCGCGGUAGAGAGGGCGGAGGGCGUCUUCGCGACGUAAAAAAGAUCUUGACGAACCCUUGAUUUCCCACACAAGUUGCUUUAUUAUAUCUGGUCAGAUCUUAAAUUUGUUUAUUCUUUUAUUCUUGGUUUAAUUUUUAGUUUUAGUUACUCUUUGACAAAACUAAAUACUGAUUUAGGGCAGGAAAUCACCUUAUCAGAAGGAAUUCAAAGCCAAACAUUCAACCUCAUAUUGACCUCCUAAAACAUCUCUGUGACCAAAGCUGCGCUGUUGUAGUUUUUUUUUGGUGAAAUAAACAAAAACAAAUCUUGUUAGGUGUUUACAAUAAGUUGCUUUAUGAUGAAAACGGUGCAUGUUUAUCAAGAUAUGGCUCAAGGUAAGGGAUUUCAGUAGUUGACUAAAACCAAUCAAUAAUAGAAUUAUAAACUGUUUUUGAUGGGAUUUAAUCUGUGUAAUCUUAGGAUGUAAAAGGGUUGGAGUCACAUAAUAGACAAAACCUCAUUUAAUAGUUAGAUUUUACUCUCCUAAAUGUUCAGUUACUUACCUAGGAGUUUACAGUAUGUAAACUCCUAGGUUUACAUACUGUAAACCUAGGAGUAUGUAAACUCUAUAACAUAGUAUGUUUACAUAGUGUAAACAUACUAUGUUUACAGUAUGUAAACUCCUAGGUAAGUAAGCUGGGUUUAAAAUCAAACAUUAUUUAUAAAAUCAAAGCUUUUUUAGGUGAUUUUAGUGAAAUGAAAUGGGCUUUUUGCUAUUAGCUCCUGCUACAUUUUUGUCUUUACCUAAAGUUUUUGUUCUGUAACUGGACUCACUGACACACAUUAUACGUUAUUUACACACAGACUAAUAAUUUCCAGCUUUUAUUUCUGUUAAUUGUGAUGGUUUUCUGCUUGCAACUGAUAAAAUGACAUCCAAGAUUAGAUUACUACAUCAGACCAAUUAAAUGUAUAUGAACACACAUGAGUGUAUAUGAUAAUACAAUCAUGGACUUACUGAAACGUACUUGUUUAAAUGUCAUCAUGCUCUAAUUUAUUGAACAUGACUGAAUUUGUCAUGGUGCAUCUAAAAGGCUAGAAAAGAAGUAAUGCAGAAUUGUUUGUAUGUGUUAAGCAACGGUAUAAAAUUAAUUUUCUUUAGCCUUUGUAAUAGUUAAUUUUGCUGAGUAGUUUGUGGAGAUGAAUUUGUUUUGUUUUGCUGUGUUACAGUGACUGUAAGAAUUUUAGAGGUGAUACAAUAAAGCCGUUUCUGCAGAA